AUGCACGCGGUGGCGCGCGCCGCGGCGUCGGCGCCGCAGCAUCGCCAUCGUGUCGUGUCGGCGGCUCCGCGUCGGUAUCGCGGACCGUCGACGACGACGACGCCGUCGCGCGCCGCGCCGCCGCCGCCGCGCGCGGUCGUGAGCGCGGACGACCCGAACUACCGCGCCCCCAGCGUGAACGCGGAGUCCUUCGACGAGUCGUCGUGCGGGGAGACGACGUUCAUCGCGGAGACGAAGCUCCCGACCGAGAGUGGGUACUACCGCCUCCGCGGGUACCGCCACUCCGUGGACGGCGCGGAGCCCACGGAGCCGGUCGCGAUCGUGUUCGGCGACAUCGAGGGGCGCGCGGACGUCCCAGUCCGCGUGCACGACGCGUGCUUCACGUCCGAGGUCCUCGGCUCGCUGAAGUGCGACUGCAAGCAGCAGCUGCAGCUGGCGAUGGAGUACAUCCAAGAGAACGACGGGAUGGUCAUCUACCUGCAGCAGGAGGGGCGCGGGAUCGGGCUCGCGAACAAGAUCGCCGCGUACGCGCUGCAGGACACGAAGGGGUUGGACACCGUGGACGCGAACAGGGCGUUGGGGCUGCCGGACGACGUGAGGGAGUACACCGCGGUGGCGAACAUUCUCGACGACCUCGACGUGCGAUCGAUUCGCCUCAUGACGAAUAACCCGCGAAAGGUGGCGACGUUGGAGAAGCUGGGCGUGCACAUCAAGGGGCGGAUACCGUGCAUCGUGAAGCCGAAUUUGUUUAACCAGGGGUACUUGGAAGCGAAAGAAGGCCGGAUGAAGCACUUUCUGGACGGGAGCUGGUGUCACUGGAACCACGACGGAGGCACCGUCGACGAGUUCGACGCGAAAGAGACGGACUCUGAGGAGGAGAUCAGCGCGGACGCGACCAUGGACGACGAAGGACGCGGGGGGUGGUGA